AUGGAGGUCAUCUUGAAAAAUAUUCCCUCCACUCUGACCGACGACAACUUCAAGAGGGAGCUCAUUCCCUUCAUGAACGCCCUCGGCAUCGUCGAUUGGACCGUCGACAAACCCAGGCGCAAGCCCCACGCCUGGAUCUCCUUCCUCCAGGCAGCCGAUGGAGUCAAGUUUCUCAAAAAGCACGGCCAGAUAGGGGCCCUCAAAGCCCCGUCCAUCUCAACCUCAGCACCCAGGAAAAGCCGCGGCGAGGUCGGCUCUGGAUACAUUGCCCGCCUGCACAUUCUCUCCAACGCCGUCUACGCGUUCAAGAGCCACAGCGAGCCCAAGGAUCUGGUCCUCCAAAGUCUCCGCCACGAACGUGAUGAGCGGUUGAAAGCCCCCGACCAGCAGGGCCGUCGAGCCCCCGCCAUCGCCUGCACCCUCAAGAACGUCUCGUGCGGCAGAAUCAUCCUUGAGCCGCCCCAUAUGGGGCUCAAAUUCAUACAGCAGGCCUCUUCCGACCAACUGUACAACGCAAAGUUCGGCAGGCAGUGCCUGACGGUGACGCUGCUCGAGGCCGUGCGCUUGGAUAUACCGUACGAUAUGGUGCAAGAAGUCAUCGCAGACGACCGGGCCGGGACCAUAACCCUGGUGCUCGAGGAAUCACCCAGGUUCUACUCCAAGCUCCCCGUCCGCCGGCCUGGCGAUGCCGGCAAAUGGGAGCGCCUCACGGCAUGCCCCCUGUGGGUAGACAGGGAGCCUCUUCAUUGCCUGGUGUACCAACUUGUGCCUGCCAUGGACUACCACGGCGUCAUCCGGAGCCUGAAGAACCAGGACAUCCUGUCGUUGAGUCAGCAGGCGAUGCCGGCGCUAUACCCGCCGCUGUCUGCCGACGAGGACAGUGUGGCGGCCAUGAAGGUCUUUGAAGGGAGGAUCGUCGGAGCUGCCACCUUGCGAGAAGCCCCGGUUCCGUUCCCCAUACUGUUCCAGACCCAGGCACUCGUAUGGAACAACUACCUGCACCCCCGCGGCGGGCUGCUCGUGCUUGACGAGGUCCAGCGUCUAGUCAGAAAGAGCACCCAGCAAGGGACCGAGUUGCCCUUGUCGGCCGACGUGAUGAAGCGGCUGUUCCAGAGCAUCCCCUAUCCCGUUCCAGGCGCGGAUCUCACUCUGGCCGACCCCUCGAGCUUGCUGCCGCAAUGGCAGGAAGGGACGUUGGAAAUGCGCAGCCAAGAUCCCACCAGGACGGGGCUCUACGGCCCGAGCCUGCCGCAGCAUCAAGCCUGGGUAUUCAAGGCGCUGGUGACGCCCACGAGAAUCCUGCUGCAGGGUCCCGACGCCGAGAGCAAGAACAGAGUCCUCAGAAUGUUCAAGCACCACACCGACUACUUCCUGCGCGUCUCCUUCUGCGACGAGAACGGCCAGGACCUGGCCUACAGCCCGAGGGUGGUCAACGACAACGUGUACGAGCGAUACCGCAGGGUCGUCAUGGACGGCAUCCGCGUCGCCGGCCGGCAGUUUUCGUUUCUGGGCUUCUCGCAUUCCUCCCUCCGCUCCCACUCGACCUGGUUCCUCGCCCCGUUCGUCGACAGCAACCUGCAGCGGCAGGACCGCGACACCAUCCUCGCCGCCCUGGGCGACUUUAGGGACAUCCGCGUCCCCGCAAAGUGCGCCGCGCGCAUCGGCCAGGCCUUUUCGGAAACCCCCUACGCGGUGGACCUGUUCAAGGCCGGGAUCAAGGUGCGCUACAUCCCCGAAGUCAAGUCGGCCGACGGCGGGCGCGUCUUCAGCGACGGCGUGGGCACGAUAUCCCCGGAAGCCAUGCACGAGCUCUGGAAGGCGCUGCCCAUGUCGCCCACCUGUUUCCAGAUCCGCUGGGGCGGGGCCAAGGGCAUGCUGGCGCUCGACCCCAGGCUGCAGGGCAAGCUCAUCUGCGUGCGCAAGGAGUCCAUGAUGAAGUUUCCCAGCCGGGACGUGCAGGAGCUGGGCAUCUGCGACGCCGCCACGAAGCCGCUGCGGCUGUAUCUGAACCGCCAGAUCAUAAAGAUCCUCGAGGACAUGGGCACCCGCCCCAGGUGGUUCAUGAGCCUGCAGGAGAAGGCGCUCAACAUUCUCCGAGGCGUCACCGCCACCGCCACCAACACGAGCAAGUUUCUGCGCGCGCAGGACAUUGGCAGGCCGUUGAGCCUCCCCUCCCUAAUCAAGCAGCUCGACAGCAUGAACAUUGACUAUCGCCGCGACAGCUUCCUCCAGUCCGUCGUCGAGCACACCGUGCUGCGCGAGCUGCGGCUGCUCAAGUACAAGGCCCGCAUCCCCGUCGAGAGAGGGGUGACCCUGUUCGGCAUCAUGGACGAGACGGGCCUUCUGCAAGAGGGCGAGGUCUACAUCACCUACGACAAGAGCAUCCACGCCAACCAAAAGCACGCCGUCGCCGACGGGCGCGUCCUCGUCACCCGGUCCCCAGCCCUGCACCCGGGCGACAUCCAGCCCGUCAAGAUGGUGACGCCCCCCGAGGCACACCCCCUCAGGGCUCUGCGGAACUGCAUCGUCUUCAGCCAAAAGGGUUCUCGCGACCUCCCCAGCCAGCUGAGCGGCGGCGAUCUCGACGGGGACCUGUACAACAUCAUCUGGGACGAUGCGGCCCUGCCCAAGAAACGAUUCUCCCCUGCCGACUACCCGCGUGUUGUUCCCGUGCCGCUUGACAGAGAUGUCUCGCGUGUAGACAUUGCAGACUUUUUCAUCAACUUUAUGAAAUCCGACAUCUUGGGCCUGAUUGCGAACCGGCACCAGAUCAUUGCUGACGUGCAGCCGGAUGGGACGUAUGACGCAACUUGCGUCAAGCUUGCCGAGAUGCACUCGACGGCGGUCGACUAUUCCAAGACUGGCAUUCCCGUCAACGCCACCGACAUGCCCAAGGCGCCGCGUUCGCGUCCAGACUUCCUUGCGCCCGCGCCCCCGCUCAAGGUCUACGAACUAGGCCAGAUCGAGCAUAUUGUAGAGGAGGAGGCAAGCGACAAUGAAGACGGGAUGGGUGUCGCAAAGCCCCGAUACCACCGAUCCGAGAAAAUCCUGGGCCGUCUCUACCGCGACAUUGACGAAAAGAGAAUCUGGAGCGAGGACAUUCACCGAACCAUAUCCAGAGCUGGGCCCAGCGUCUGGGAGCAACUGCUGGGGAGAAUCGAAGGGGAGCUCAGUCUAUACGGAAUCGAGGUGAACUACAUCCAUUAUGUACAGGAUGCUUGGAGAAUCCGGAAUAUCUACGAGGAAUCAAUGUACGACAACAUGUGGCACUUUUCCGACAACCCGCGAAAGUCGCUCAGCGAGGCCGACGUGUUUUGCGGCUCGGUGCUGAACCUAAGGGGGCGGCAGACCCGGCAGCAGCGCGACACGUCCAAGAAGCUCAAGGAUGAAGCAGACCGGCUCAUGACGUGGGUUUCCAAGCUCAUCCGUAAUCAGAACAGCGGGGAUGAACCCGACACUGGGAAGGAGGAGGCGGUCCAGCUGUGCAUGACGUGCGUGGUGGUUGGGUGUGCGACCGAGGAGAGGAACUCGAAGCAAGAUCAGCUGCACAGCUUCCGUGUCGUGGCGGCGGCCUGCCUGCUCAAGGAGAUGGCUGAUCUGAGAAGCAGAAAACGGAUGGUGGCUUCUUGA